UCUGAGAGUUGGCUAGAGGCAGUCGCUAAUCGUUUCUCUCUCUUAUCAGCUACCGUUCAGGUUAUGAAUCGUUAAGUUUCGUCGGUCAUCCUUCUUCGCCUGCCGGUUUUUGUAAAAUUAUUUAUUGAUUCGUAGAAUCCAAAUAUAUCGCUUACGUGAUCCUAUUACAGUUCAUACAUAUCUUACGUUACCUUUUCCGAGACCUUUGUCAAAUAAAAAUGAGUAUGUGUGCGGAGUGCAGUUUGCCGGUCGUUAGGUCGGGCAGAAACUCAUCGAUAUUGUGUUCGGAGUGCGGUUCGAUUUACCAUGGAAAAUGUAUUCAAAGUGGGUCAGACAGACCUUUGAGUGAGGCUGAACUCGAGAUCUUGGCAAAGGGUGCUUGGAAGUGUGGGGGCUGUAUGGUGGGAAUUCGGCUUCAACGUGGUGCUGGCCCAAAUUCGACUCCUAUCAAGACCCCUGGUGCGGGGUUCGUUACUCAUUCCUCGGGCUCUGUGGAUCCAAAUAGUUUGUCCCUCAAUGACUUCAAAACCGAUGCUGCAACCACUUGACGAACAGGACAUCCGGGAGAUCUUGAAGGGGAUGCGUGGUGGCUCUGCUCCGGGGCUUGAUAACAUUGAUUCAAAAUUCAUAAAAGAACACAUUGACGUGGUGAUUGAGCCUCUUCUUCACAUUAUUAAUGUCAGUAU